GUUGUUUCUUCAUCUUCCUUCAUUUAUCAAGAACUCAAAUUUGCAUCAGAGUUUUUUAAAUACUGAGAUAAAUUAGAAAGGCGGCUUGAGUUACUGCCAUUCACAGAUUGUGCAGUUUGGGAGUACCUGUACAUGAUGUUAUUGACAAAUAAAAACCAUUGUAAGCACACAUCAUAUAUAUAACUCUUUUUUAUUAAAAAAUAAAUAUUACUUUUAUUAUUAUUGUUUCGAAAUAGAAGGUUUGUUGGUUUUUGAUAUAAUUUAACAAACCAUAGCAAGUCAUCACAGAAAAAUAAAAAGUUACUUGACAUACUAUAUUUUAGAGUGGCUUAUACCACUUGACCUAAACGUCCUUCAUCUCUAUAAUAACUCUUUUAAAACGAUGGUUUAAUAGCUAUGGGUCGCAAAAUAGCAAAUCUCAGUACAAUGGGUGACAGUUAGAGGACUACAAUGUACAAAGGAUGACCCAUAGAUCUUUUCAAGUUUGUUGUGUUUGUACAAAUUAUCAUUGCUAACUUUCCAUUUCAUUAUAUCUUAUACAUGAUAAUUAUAUUCAUAAAAACAAUAGAUAACAUGGCGGAGAGAAAAUAUGAUUAUUCAGCAACAGACUUUGUAAUUGGACAAAAUAAAGAAGGUGGAAAAAGCAAGUUCACUACGACUUUAUGUAAUGCAUGGGACAAAGCAAUGGAAGAAGGUGUGUUCUGGUACUCUUUAUAUGGUGUCGAAAGAAAAGUGCUGCCAGGGAAGUAUGGUAUCACUGCACAGCUCAACAAAAAGAGGUUUUCGGAAAGAAGAAAACCAGAUGCUGCAACCCAGGUUGUAAUGCCGUUCAAUCAAGAAAAAUUUAAUUUCAACAAAAUCAAGGACUCUGAGGUUUUAUUCAUGCUAAACAGAACAGACCUACAGGAAGAGCGAAACGACAAAAUUAUUGUCAAUGUUAGUCCAAUUGAAUAUGGUCACGUGUUACUUGUACCCAAUAUUGAUCAUGGUCUGUCACAAAUUCUAGAUAAACAUUCUAUUGAAGUUGCUGUUGAGCUUUGCUUGUUGGCUAAAAGUGGAUUUCGAAUAGGAUUUAACAGUUUAUGUGCUUUAGCCUCGGUCAACCAUCUUCAUUUCCAUGCAUUUCAGUAUGAUCAGCAAUUACCUAUAGACAUCUCUAAACUGAAGUUAUUAAAAAAGAAUUUGUUCAAGUUAGAUGCGUAUAUGGUUAAUGGAUAUGCUUUGCAGCUUGUGGAUCUAAAUAUUAAAGAAUUAGCUAGUGAUGUGGUCGCCAUUACUAAUUAUUUAUGUCAGAAUAACAUUGCUCAUAACUUGGCUAUGUGCAGGCAUGAAUCUGUUCGCACACAAACCGAUGAUUCAGCAUUAGUUACAGUAUUCAUCUUUCCAAAGAAACCAUCUCCAGGCCAGAAAGACACUCGAUUUGCUAACAGUUGCUGUUUUGAUCUUUCUGGUUAUUUGUUAUUAAAAGACGAAAGUGAAUAUGUAGAAAUGACAGAGGAUAGUGCAAUUCAGAUCCUAAACAAGUUUACUUACACCAACGAAGAAUUUGAAAAGUUGUCUCAGAACAUUUUUGGUUUAUAAAAAAUUUGUUUAACUUUUGAUAACGAAUAUUUAUAUUUAAUUUUUAAAAACCUUAAUAACACCAAGAA